CCGUGCCGUGCCAUGGCCGAGCCGCUCACCGCACGCCCCUCCUCGUUAAAAACUUAAACUAUCUCCGUUGCCAAGUGCAUUUUAGCGUCUUCAUUGAAUGAGUUGGUCUCUGCAAACAGCCCGAUGCAAAGGCGUUUCCAGUGGUCUCUUUUCUUUCAGGUUGCUCUGCUGGAUAUAGAUAUUUGUGGGCCGUCAAUCCCUAAAAUGAUGGGUUUGGAAGGAGAGCAGGUUCAUCAGAGUGGUUCUGGAUGGUCUCCAGUGUAUGUUGAAGAAAACUUGGGUGUCAUGUCAGUGGGGUUCUUGCUCAGUAGUCCUGAUGAUGCUGUCAUCUGGAGAGGACCAAAAAAAAAUGGGUUGAUCAAACAAUUUCUUCGUGAUGUGGAUUGGGGUGAAAUCGACUAUCUUAUUGUAGAUACACCUCCAGGUACAUCAGAUGAACAUUUAUCUAUCGUGCAGUAUCUCAGUGCAACACACAUAGAUGGUGCUGUUAUAAUCACCACCCCUCAGGAAGUAUCACUUCAGGAUGUUCGGAAGGAGAUCAACUUCUGUCAUAAAGUAAAAUUGCCUAUCAUAGGUGUUGUUGAAAAUAUGAGUGGCUUUAUAUGUCCAAAGUGUAAGAAUGAAUCUCAGAUCUUUCCCCCAACUACCGGAGGUGCAGAGAAGAUGUGCCAGGCCCUAAAUAUCUCCCUCCUGGGUAAAGUGCCUCUAGAUCCUCAAAUAGGAAAAAGUUGUGAUAAAGGGCAGUCUUUCUUGUCUGAAGUACCUGAGUCUCCAGCUACAUUAUCUUACAGGAGUAUCAUUCAAAGGGUUCAGGAAUACUGUGAUCUACAGCAUUUUCAAGAAGAAAAGAUUAUCUGAAUCAAUGAAUGGAAUAAAAACAUAGUUCACAUUAAUUAUAAAAAUGUAACUUAUGCCUUGAAUAGAAAGAAUGUAUUCUUUUUGUAUAUUGCAAAUAAAUUCUUAAUAAAG